UUAAAUUGUUGGGGCAUGGAAAUCCCUAAAAUUACAGUUUUAAGCACCCAAAAGGGCCGAAGGAUAAAGCAUGCGAGGAACAGCCUGGGAACUCAUAUUCAGACAAUUUCGGAGAGGGAAGCAGCGUCAGAGAAAGAAAUGGAGGACGGGGCAACAUUGUACCAGCAACUGCAAAAGCUCUCGAGCCUGGUGAAGCCGGAGGAAGCUGUGGACCAGAUACUGUCCACCCUUUGGAAGACGAGAAGAACCGGUCUCCGUCCUCCCGAGAAGUCCCACAUUCAGUCCCUCCUCGAUCUUCCUUCUCCCUCCGAAUUGGACCCCGUAUUGGCAUGCCUUCGUUCGCUCAUCAGAAAAUGCGUACACGAAAACUUCAGCGGGGAUCAUCUUCUGAAGCUUUUCCCACCCGAUCUUCCGCUUGACCUACAAAGCAUCCUUGUUUUGUCGUUCCAGAAGUAUCAGGGUCUGUGGAAGGACGAUUGUUCCAGAGAACAGCGGUCGUUUCCUAGGACUGGUGUUUCCUAUCAGGUGAGUACAAGUGUGCCACCGUCUUUCACUUCUUUGCUAUCAUCUUCCGAGAUUUCGACUCCGCCAUGGCCUCGUCAAGAUGAUCCCGGUGCGGGACUCAAUCGCGGAGGCAACGAUUUUGGGGCUUUCACACCCAUUGUUUCUGCUUCGGGGAUCCAACGUGAUGUUGUUCUUCCCAGUGACUUGGAAAGUCUACCCUGCCUCAAGUCAAUGAAUUGGACUAUUGAGAAUCGCAACUCUGCGCCAACUAAUAGAGUGGCUGUCGUUAGCCUGAAGCUGCAAGACUACAGCAAGUCUCAUUCAGGUGAAAUUGAGGUGAAGUUUCAGCUUAGUAGAGACACACUUGAAGCUAUGCUGAAAUCAAUGACCUACAUUAGUGAACAGCUAUCAAGCAUGGUUGGGACUCCAUCGGUGCCAGCACAAAAGAAGCAAAGGCAGUAAUUUCGUUUGGUCUAUACUUUGAUAUUUGUUUAUGUCAAAGAAUGAUUUACAAUCCUGUCCAUAUGUUACCCCUCCACCCCAGCCUCUUUUCUUUGCUAUUGCUUUCUUUUGGGGGCUAACCAUGUGUGAAGUUAACAUUCUAUAUAUCAAAUGCGACUAUUGAUUUUUUCUUA